CCGCAUCGGAACGCUCCGCCCGCCGCUCGCAGCCUGCGCUCCCCGCGGUCAGCCCGGAAGUGGGGCACACGUCAUUAGCGGGCGCCGGAAGCCCCGCGGUCCCUGCGUUCCCGGGUAGCGAUGGCGGCUCCGGCGGCUCCGGCCGCCCCUCCCCCCGCCCCGGCCGGCGGCGGCGGCGGCGCCCCGGGACCCGCCGGGGCCGGGGCCGGGGCCGGGGCCGCGGCCGCGGCCGGGGCUGGCAAGAGCGGUGAAGAGCGGUUGAAGGAGAUGGAGGCCGAGAUGGCUCUGUUCGAGCAGGAGGUGCUGGGCGCCCCCGUCUCAGUGCCCCCCGUGGUGGACGCUGUCCCGGUGGCCCUGGCGGUGCCGGCCGUGCCCCCGGUGCCCCCCGUCCCUGCCCUCCGGCCCAUCAUCGCCACCAACACCUACCAGCAGGUCCAGCAGAGCCUGGAGGCACGGGCAGCUGCUGCGGCCACUGUAGUAACCCCCAUCGUGGCGCCCCCGGUGCCCUUUGUGGGGCCAGCCGUUCCUCCGCAGAGGCCCCCCAUCCUCCGACCUGCCUUUGUGCCCCACGUGCUGCAGAGAUCAGGUGGUCCCCGGCCUCUGCCCAUGCGCCCACCCAUCAUCCCUCCAUGUGGGACCCCCGAUGCCUGGCCCCCAGGGCCCCAGAUGAUGAUGGGCCCUCCGAUGCAGAGAGCCCCUGUCCCCCCUUUGGGGGCAUCGGUGGGGCCAGGGGUCCCCGUGGGCCCCCUGGCUCCCAUGGUGCCAGUGCCUCGCCCUGUCAUGGCUGCCCCGAAGAUCAACCCUACGGUCAUCCAGGCAGCCCCCACCGUCUACUCGGCCCCGCCUGUUAAGAAGCAGGAGGAGGAGCUGCGGGAGCCGGUGCCAUUGCUGACAGAGGAGAAGGAGCCAGCGGGGCUGGAGGAGGCGCUGAUCGGGCCCAGCAUGCCCGAGCCUGAGCCCCUGCUGCCCCCAGACCCCCGCGUCCUGCCCAGCCUGCGGGGCCCCGAGCUGCUGCUGCCACCUGCCCGUGCCCGCCGCCCCCGCCUGCCUGACACUGUCUUCGUACCUGUGGAGCCGGUGGUGGAGCCGGUGGCCGAGGACAAGAAGAAGACGAAGCAGGAGAAGCUGAAGCGUUGUAUCCGCACGGCCGCUGGCAGCAGCUGGGAGGACCCCAGCCUGCUGGAAUGGGAUGCUGACGAUUUCCGGAUCUUCUGCGGCGACCUAGGCAACGAGGUAAAUGACGACAUCCUGGCACGGGCCUUCAGCCGCAACCCCUCCUUCCUCAAGGCCAAGGUGAUCCGGGACAAGCGCACGGGCAAGACUAAGGGCUACGGCUUCGUCAGCUUCAAGGACCCCAACGACUACGUCCGUGCCAUGCGUGAGAUGAAUGGUAUGUUCCGGGGGGGGACACAAGGUUUGGGAGGUGCGGAGGGCACCAGUUACAUGGGUGCAUACAGGUGGCAUGGGGGACUGGUUAAGUUGUUGCACUGUGGGGGCUGGGUGGCUUGGGCUUGGUUCACAGUUGAUAUAGGGGUAUGUGUUACCCUUUGCCCCCCAGAGUGCUGGGGGGGGGGAGACACAUUAUCCUGUGACACCCCCAUGCUGCAUGGGGGGGUAUAUUGCCUCCCCCCCAGCUUCCAGUGACCCCUAAAUGGAGGUUGACCCUGGCUGGAGGGAACCCAGGCUCUUAGCUCCCAGUCUCUGCCCUCCUCCCAGAAAACCCAGGUAUCUGAGCUCCCAGCC